AUGCCGGAGAAAAAGAAGAGCAGCCGACCAAAGAAGUCUCCGAGCAGUGCGACGUCAUCUCUCACGUCUUCUGAUACUGGAUCCAAGAAUCAGAAGGAAGAACGUCGUAUGGGAUCGCAGCCGUCGAAGCGCAACGGCUCCGGUUUGGCUGAGCCAGUUUCGGUGGGUUUUUGAUUAGGUUCAGGGGUUGAAUGUUGUGAAAAAACAGCGCGUCAGUACUUUAACUGUUUUAGAUUUCUAGGAACUCGACAGUGGCCUCUAUAGGGGCAAACACAGGUGUCCUUGUAGGUCUCUAUGAGAAAAAGCAUUUCCAUGCUAAAAACUCGAUGAACACUAUUUCCAUGAAAAAUAUCAAAAGAGUCGUGGCAGACUAUACACUUUUAAUUUGAAUCUGCAGAUAUCGUAGAUUACUGUUUCAGAGUACUCAAUUAAAGGGUAGAUGGUCGAUUAUUGCUGUGCCGGAAAAUCUUCUUAACAAAAUUCUUCCUAAAAAAAUAUUCAAAAGCUUUUUUUCAAAUCUCACAUUUUCGCUGAGUAGUUGAAAAUCAGACAGUUUUUAUGAAAAGAGAAGCUUUUUAUUCGAAAUAUGUACAAUCCACAGUGAAAAAUGCAAAGAUUUCCUGACUUUUUGUUGAGUUUGAUGAGGACUUUGAAAACUUCAGGAAGGAGCUGAGAAAUGGGCGGAAGCCGUGAUUCGUCCAGACGACCACGAUGUUCCGUCGAUGCGAGAGCCCAUCAAGAAAAAAAUGUCAAAGGUUCUUAUUUUUAUUUUAUUUCAUUUGAUUUUUGGUCGACUGAAUUUUCAAAAGUUUUGAUUUUUCAAGCUAUGCAUUUUACUAAUUCAAUUCUUUCUGAGAAAAGAAAUAUAUCCACAGGCAAGCGGAACCCGAAAGUUGGGCCUUCUCCUCAAGAAAACGGUGAAAACCGAAGGUUGAAGAUAAAGCUAACCGAGGGAGUCGUUCAGGUCAGCUCUUUCCUUAAUAAUCACGAUCGACCAUGUUUUUCAGGACUACAUCAACUUGGAGAAGGCAAUUCAUCGCCUGGAGCGGAAAAACGUGCUGAAGAAGUACGAGUCGCAGACGAUCUACUCGGACAAUCUGAAAAACACGGUCGAACAGCUCGAAGCCGUGCUCAAAGAGCUGCGGAAGCAGACUGAGCGCGAGAAGUCGGACCUGAAGAACAUCGAGCAGCCGUCGGUCAAAGAUUUCUUGAAACAGCAGGUUUGGCUUCCGUUUUUCUUCAUGCAAGUUGAACUUUCAGGGUCAAUGGGAUGAGAGGCACAAAAAAGAGAGGACAGAGUAUAUGGAGGCGGAAAAUCGACAGGAAACUGUUCAGAAGGUUUAAAUAAUGGAACAAAUUUUUUUAUUCAAGAUAGAGCGGCUUUUUUGUUACUGAAUCUUAAGCAAACAUUUUUUAAAAACACUGGAAAACAAAAUUUCAUCAUAGAAGGGCUAACAGCGUCGCAGUCGUCCUGCGGCCAGGCCUCUCCCCGAACCAAAUAAUUUUAUUUAUCACUUUAAAAUUCUCUGCGCGCAAGUCGUUUAAUGUCGGGCGCUCUUCGAAGCAACCCUUUGCUGUUGUUCCGCGUUCAGCCCUUUUAUGUGCAUCCGAAAAUAGUGUGCUCAAAAUGUUCUCACCAGUCUGUUCAAAUGACCAGAAAAAAAUUAUUUUUUUCAGGACUUUUUUUCUUUUUUUCCGAAACGUUUCAAUAUUUUUUUGACUUUCAUUAAUAAAAUAGUAUUAAAUAAAUUUAAAAAAAUAUAUGAAUGAUAUCAAGGAGCUCAACUUGGCAAGGAUAAACUACGACAACGCCCUGAAGGUCAUGGAAAUCUACAAGCAACAGACGGACAAUUUGAACGCUCUCUACGAUAAACAGGACAAAAUGCUUGGUUUUUUCCCAAUUAAAAAUUAUGAAUUUUGUUUUGUUUUUAGAAGGGAUUUUUGGUCCGGAUUACGCUUCGGAGAAGGAAAAAUGUACUGGAGGGUGA